AUAUAAAGUUUAUAAAUGCUGCCGGCGAUCAUCGGUCGGGCAGUGAGAGAUUUGACAGGCGAAUCCACGACAAAUCAAGAAUUCAAGAUGCGCUCUUUGCUCACCGCGGUUUUGUGCCUUUCCAUGGCCGUCUGCACACUAGCAAACGACUUCGAACGCGGCGAACGCCAAAUGGACGACCACCUCGUCACCGAAAGAAUCAUCUUUAAGCCUGCGAUCCCUUGGAAGUCUAUGAAAGCUACAAUCGGCAUACACUGCUCAUCGCUCAACGAAAUCAUUACCUACAUUAAGAUUAGCAAUAUAAAUAACAAAGAGUCAGAGAUUAUCUUUCAACUGUUAGGUGAUGUCGGCAGGACAUCCUUAAUAGUGAUAGCAACAGGAAGAUUAGGCAAAGGAUUAUGGUUAAAAGCAGAAGGUUACUGUAUAGAUCCAAGCGCAUUAACUUCACCGGCACCGAUAACAACAACAACAACAACAACAACUGAACCAACAACAACUGAACCAACAACAACUGAACCAACAACAACUGAACCAACAACAACUGAACCAACAACUGGAUCAACAUACUGGACGACGUACUGGACGACGAGCUACGACGUCAACUACAUUCGAUCAAAAUGAGCGGUGAAGAAAGAAUAAGCGACGCAUUCAAUAA